AUGGACACGCGGUCCAAACCACGUAAACCCUGCAAAUCAGGGCAGUCUGAUAAAGAUGUAGAAAAAAAAGGUAUGGCCAGCCUAUCCACAAAAAAAGCGCACAAAUGGCACAAGGAUCCUCUAAAAAGACUCCCCAACGAGCUCAUCGAACUUGUCUUCGGAUAUCUCUGCCACGAGAAUAACGGCCCCAGUGCAGCCCACAACGGCAAGCUGGUGAACAGAGCAUGGUAUCGCGCGAUAAAUACAAAUUACGUAUACGUCAACACGUUCAUAUCCACAGAUGAAAACGUAGGCAAAGUGAGCUUCGACGCGAAUAUGUCGAAUCUACGCGGCAGAUUCCAAAGCCACAUUGAGCGGUGCGGGUAUAUAAGAAGUGUGAAGCUGUGUAUACGCGCGUACAAUAGGAUGUUCUUGAAGGGAUUCUUCUUUCAGCUGCUCGACGUCUCGCCAAACCGUCCAUUUGAGCUGAUUGAGGUGAAUUACUACGGAGGCCCAUUCAACAGCGAAAAAAAGGGUUUCAUACUCACCCUCACUGAGUCUCUAUUUGGUUUGACAUGUAAGAAACUGAGGAUGCGCAAUUACUCGCAGCUUAUCGGAUUGAAUGAGGCGGAAGUGUACCACCUCACUACCUUCCCAAGCGAUCUACACCUCCUCAAUUGGAGGCUGAAAGGCGACGCAGAUACCAUCAUGUCCACCCUCUCCCACAACCUGCAGCUGGAGGGUAAAGACGUCGCGAUGGAGCAUACAACGAUACCAGGGGCGCCGUACUUGCAGCCGACACGCACAGCAGUUGUAGAAUCCCGCAACAGGUCAGCCGUCACAUUUAGCUGUCUCAUCCAGUGUCCCGAGCUGUAUACGAUCAAGAUGAAAAACAGCAGCUUCGCUAUGGACAGAGCGACCCUCAAGUGGUUUCGAGAUAACCGGGCAUUCGCAAAUCAGCUGAAUGUGCGCAAACUGCGGGUCGUAUUUCUCGAUAGUGUUUGCAACGUUUCGUGGUUUUUGGGUAUGCUCCGAUCACAGGAGUUGCACCAAAUCUCAAUCGAGAAUUGCACAUUUGGGUUUCCACUGCAGUGUAACGAAGGCUGUUUGAGGAAUGUUACCCACCUCACUCUAACUAGAUGCACUUACGAGCAGACUAACACGGUCGACAACAGACCACGCGAUAACACUUCAUCGCUAUACGACGAUAUGGAGAGGAGCAUCACUUACCAGCCUGCAAUACUCGACGGCGAACUGCUGCUCAAAUCACUUCCUAAAUUAGAAAGUCUUGUUGUUAAAUCAUCCAAGUCUUUCAGUGAUCCCAUUAUAGCUGUUAUUCACAAAUUCACGAUCAAGCAUGUUGUUUUAGAAUAA